UUUCCGGCUUGCCCCCCGGAGCGCCGUGUCGGUAAGCGGGGAGACUCGCGCUGCCUCUGAGCCCCCCGUCACGGGCCGCUCUGACCUGCUUCUUCCCCCCUGUUUUGGGGGCUGGAGACGGUCUAGCACGUGUCUGUACACAGCCCCCGCCCCGGCCGGCCUGGAAGAUGCCCCCCAGCGGGCGAGCUGAGCCCCAUGGGGCGCUGUGCAUGGCCAAGGACAGGGAGUGAGUGAGGGCUUCUCCAUGCCACCAGACUGAAGCUGGAGGGAGCUUGGUUUAGAUUGAGCUAGAGCACAGACCAGUCCGGGCCUUGUCCAUCUGAAGACUGCGCAUGGCUGGGCCAGGCGAAGAUGGCCUCCAGGCGGCGGGCAGCACCCUGAAAGGCCGGGACAUGGCGGAGGCCCUGCAGACCAAAAUAGUUGAAAACCAGCCCUAUGAUGAGAGUCUAGAGAUUAACGACUCAGAAGAGGUUGCCAGUAUCUACACGCCAACUCCACGGCAGCUAGGUCCUAGGUCCACGCGCCCACAGCUCAAAAAUAUGGCUGAUAACAGCAGUGAUGAGUAUGAUGAAGAAAUAAACAAGGAGAAGAAGGUAGCCCAGUUGGCCCCCCAGCGAGGAUUUAGUGAGCAUGAGGAUGGAGAGGAUGAAGACGAUUCAUCUGAAACUGACUCGGAUGAUGAAGAUGAUGAAGAGGAGCAUGGAGCCCCUCUGGAGGGUGCCUACAACCCUGCUGAUUAUGAGUAUCUACCAGUGUCUGCAGAGAUUCAAGAGCUCUUCCAGUAUAUAAGGAGGUACACUCCACAAUUGAUAGAGCUUGAACAAAAACUGCAGCCUUUCAUUCCAGACUUCAUUCCAGCUGUUGGGGACAUUGAUGCCUUCUUAAAGGUUCCACGUCCCGAUGGGAAGCCAGAUAACCUUGGCCUGUUGGUACUGGAUGAGCCAUCCACGAAACAGUCAGAUUCCACAGUGCUCUUUCUCUGGUUAACGGAAAACUCCAAACAGCACAAUGUUGCACAAAUAAAAGUGAAGAGCUUGGAGAAUGCAGAGAAGAAUCCCAAAGCCAUUGAUAACUGGAUCGAGAGCAUCAGCGAGUUACAUCGCUUCAAACCUCCUGCUACUGUUCACUACACCAGGCCAAUGCCUGAUAUUGAGACUCUGAUGCAGGAAUGGUCCCCAGAAUUUGAGGAGCUCUUGGGAAAGGUAACCCUUCCAACAGCAGACAUCAACUGUGGCCUGGCUGAGUAUAUUGACAUGAUAUGUGCUAUUCUGGACAUUCCUGUCUAUAAGAAUCGGGUCCAGUCCCUGCAUGUCCUCUUCUCACUGUAUUCAGAGUUCAAGAACUCACAGCAUUUCAAAGCCCUGGCUGAAGGAAGAAAGGUAGGGAGUCCUCCAUCAAAUCCACCUUCACAAGCAGGAGAGACAGAAGUGUUAAGCUUCAGUUGAGGAAAAGAUCCUUUCUUCAUGAGCUGGGGCCUGCACCUAGGAGUAGAGCCUUCGCCUAAGCCAAUCAGCAGACCAAGGCAAAGCAUUACCGAAACCUCCAUCUGUCUGUACGUACCGGCAGCUGGACAGUGUACGACUCAGAUGAAUUAGUAAAGGUUAGAAUUUAGCUCGUGGUGUUUAAUUGUAAAUGCUGCAUGACCCUCUUUCUUUGGCUCAUUCCCAGAGGAUUCAGCAUUAAACAGGUGCUUGUGAGUGGGAGUACAUCAGCAAGGAUAACAAUGUCAUUGGUACCUGAAAUCAGCUUGGGCAGAGCAUCUCCUUAAUGACAUAACCUUCACACUGCCCAUGCAGCUGUUUGGACUCAUAAGAACAGCUGUACUGGGUCAGACCAAAGGUCCAUUUAGCCCAGUAUCCUGUCUACUGACCGUGGCCAAUGCCAGGUACUCCAGAGGGAGUGAACCUAACAGGUCAUUGAUAAAAGUGUUAAACAGCAUAGGGCCAAGAACCAGUCCCUGCGGGACCCCACUGGAAACACACAGUGCUGAUGAUGAUUCCCCAUUUACAGUUACAUUUUGAGACCCAUCAGUUAGCCAGUUUUUAAUCCAUUUACUGUGCUGUGUUCAUUUUAUAGUCUACUUUUCUUAAUGAAAAUGUUAUGCAGUACCAAGUUAAAUGCCUUCCAGAAGUCUAUUUCAUCAAUACUUUUACGUUUAUCAACCAAAUUUGUAAUCUCCUCAAAAAAAGAUAUCAAGUGAUUUGACAGGAUCUAUUUUCCAUGUACCCAUGUUGAUUUGCAUUAAUUACAUCCUUCUUUAAAUCUUUAUUAACCAAGUCCCAUAUUAGCCACUGCAUUGUCCUGCCCAGGAUCGAAGUCAGGUUGACAGGCUUACAAUCACCUGGGUUGUCCCAUUUAAUCUUUUUAAAAAAUUGGUACAUUAGCUUUCUCCUAGUCUUCUGGAACUUCCCCAGUGCUCCAAGCCUUAUUGGAAAUAAACAAAAAUAGUUCACUGAUCGCCUCAGCCAGCUUACUAAAAUUUUUUGGAUGCAAGUUAUCUGGACCUGAUUAUUUAAAAAUGUCUAGCUUCUGUUUAACACUCUCCAGACAUAUUAGUGGAAUGGAAAGUAUUAUCAUCACCAUGUGAUGAGAUUAUAUCAUCUGUUUUUUCCCCAAAUACAGAACAGAAAUAUUUAUUGAA